CGAACCUGUGAAAGCACCGCCAUCAUCCGAGCCGGGGUUGAACGACGUCACAGUGUGUUAGUGUGUCAUUUUCGACGAUAAACCACCGUUAGCCGAAACGCCUCGUUUUUCCUCUCCAGCUUGGAUAAUGUGUGACAACAACAGUUAGUCAUCAAGUAAUUUUUUUGUAUACGGGACGAGAAUGGCGUUUCACACGGGUACGAGCGCAUCAGUGGUAUUGUCGACGACAACGACUGCCGUUGUGUUGGCGAUGCUAGCCGUUGUCCUUUGCUCCAGUCCUGUUGGAGCCAAUGAGGACUGCCUGUGGUACGUGGAUAAGAACGGCACAUGGCACAACGGCUUCGACUGCCCACUCAUCACCUUCUGCUGCGGAAACUGUCAUCGCCGCUACUGUUGCCUGGACGCCUUCAAGAUGAUUACGGAGCGCGAACAGAAACGCUGCAUGCUCUUCCAGUUCAGUCCGACUACAUUAGCUGGCAUCGCCUCAUCCAUCCUGCUCUUCGUGGCCAUCAUCGCCACCAUGGUAUGCUGCUUCAUGUGUUCCUGCUGUUAUCUCUACCAGAGAAGGCUGCAGCGGGGCAGGACUCCUUAUGACGCCCAGCAGAUCCCAAUGGCGAGCUACCCCGUUGAGCCACUCUACGACGCCUACGGAAAACCACUCGGGCCGUCCGAGUAUCCGCAUGCGGGCUAUGCUAUGGCACCCCAGUACCCGGGCAUGCCUUCGCAGUACCCCGUGAUGCAGCCUGGACAUUAUCCUCCUCCCAAUAUGGAUCCUGCAUACAGCCAAGCUCCUCCACCGUACUCUCCUCCGCAGUAUCCUGGUCACUGAUCAGCUAAACACACACACACACACCUACACACACACACACGCAUUUAUUGAAAGUGGUCGGUGACAGUGAAGGGUGAAACGGGACUGUUGAAAAAGAAAAGACAUCUUGCACACACCUCAACAAAAAAGGCUUUCGUGUUCAUUCAGCAUAAAGAUAAAAAUUCUAUAAUAUAUUAGUUUUUUGAAGUCUAACAACAUUUCCACUUGUGUCCUCCCUUUUGCAAAUUGCGUGUGUUUGCACAGUGUGUGGUCAGCCAUUGAAAAGACUCUUUCUUUGACCCAAGAUGCAGUAAAUCUGACUAGAAAGUGGCCUCAUUAACCCGCCGCGCUUUGACUUUCCUAUUGUUAAAUGGUUUUGGUAAACCAAAGUCGCCCAGAAGAUGGGAAAGUGCAUCCAAAUAUUUGACAGGCUGAAAUGUUUGGAUGAGUUGUACACCGCUACUGGGAUCACAGGGUAUGUACAUUGUGACGUUCCAUUGUUUGGUUGUUUUUUUCGUUCUGUUAUCGUUUCCCCAAAUACAUUUUGACGCUUGCUGUCAAGUAGUGUAAAUGUGACAUGAGGCAACAUACUAGCUCAUCCCUGUGACUGAUCCACAAAUAUGAUUUCAUGAUGUCUGUCAUUUAAGAGUAAUUGCUUUGGUACAAAGCAGUUUUCAAGUGCCACGCUGAAAAGAAAAAAAAUGGAAAAAAGUAUUUUUCAUGAGAACUAAGUCUUAAUAUUAUGCGAAACGUUUUAAAAAAAGAACAAGACAAAUGUUGGUGCAAGUGAAAGUCAGGGAGGGAUGAAAUCAGAAAUGUUACUAGAAAUCAGAAGUUUAUUUUUUGUUUGUAAAGAUGUCGUCAAAAGUAAAGAUGUAGUAAUAAUAGAAGACCAUAAAUAUAUAAUAAAAAAAUUACUAUUCUGAGUAAAAGUUGCCAUUGAACUGGAAGAAUAUUUUUUUUCAGAGAAUAAUAAGAACAAAGUUGCCAGAUUACAAGUUAGUCACAUUACAACAAGCAAAGCCAUUAAAAAAACCCUCACAAUUUAACUUUAAAAUCUAGCGUUUUACGAAUGAAAGAGUGAUCACAAGAUUAAACUGUAAUAUGAAAACAUUGUCAUUUUAAUGGGAAUAGUCAUAAUGCCAAAUUUUUGCGGAAACAAAGACAACAAAGUUGGAACUUGAGGGCAAAAAAAAUUCUCACACUGUUCAUUUCAGAGCCAAACUAUAAAACGACGGAAAUUGAUAUAUUUCUUCAAUAUUUUCUGUAGUUCUAUUUUACAGAGCAGAAAGUUGAGCAUUUUACAAUAAACCAAAUGGCCAAAGAAUGUUCUUUCACAUUAUUUAAAAAAGAUAAUAAGAUUAUAUAAUAUAAAACAUGAGUUGAUUUUUACCAAAAUGUUGUACGAGCGAAGUUUCAACACAAUGACAAAAGUGUGUCAUUUUACAACUAGCAAAGUGAUGACACAAGUCACAAUUCGAUAUGAGGAAAAGUUUUACAAUUACAUAAAAAGGUCAAUUUUCAUAUGGUAGGAAAAGAAUUUCCUGAAGAAUACAUUGUCAUUUUACCUAAAUACAUUAAGAACAAGUUUGUUAUUUUACAAAGGAAAAAAUAUAAUGCAGUUGAAGGAAAGAUGUAAUUUAACAUGGGAGAUAAUAAGAUAAGAUAAGAUGAGAUAAGAUUAGAUAAGAUAUUCUUAUUUGUCCCACACUGGUGAAAUUUACAGCCUCCAGCAGCAAGAAUGUGGGUAAAAAGAAGAAAGAAGAAAAAAACAAACACACACAUUGUUCAAUUAAGUGCAAUAUAAAUACAAAAUUGAUAUAUCGCAGUGCUAUUAACAAUAGUUUUUCACAUUAUUUAACUAUUAUUAUUAUUGUUAUUAUUUUUAUAAUAUAUCUUAUAGAUAAGAUGUAAUUAUACUAGAAUCAAUUCGUAACUAUUCCAGGAGAAAAAAAGCAAAGCAUUUUAUGACCAAUUUCACUUGAAGUCGUCAUUUCACAUUCAUUUCUGCUGGAAAAUCUCUCUUCUUUCACAACUGUCAUUAUCCUAACAUGAAUAAAAAUUCAAAUUUGAUGAGAAAAAAAAUGGUAAUAUUCAAAAAGUUGUGAUUUCACAAGAACAGGUCAUAAUAUUUAUGAAUAAAAACGAGAAUAAAGUGAGAUUUGUGUGUGUGUGUGGGGGAGGGGGAGGAGGGGAGAAAAACAUGCUAACUUUCCCAGACCAAAGAAGUAACAAAAUGUGAAGUUAUGACUUUAGAAGUGCUGUUUUCUUUCCAGUGUGGCGCUGCUAUUGUCGGUACGUAUGCCAUUGUCGCUGCUUGAAAUACCGAAUGCUUACCUUCUGCUUACUUUGAAUUCUCUCAUUAGUCGAAGCACUGCAUUGUUUUUCAUUUGUCGGUCAAAGUUUUUCUAUUAGUUGCACCUUGACCAGCAUCAGGAUGCUACCUACUUCCUUUCUUUUCUCCUUCCCAAAAUGAAGUAGAACUGGAUUUGCAUUGAAGUCAAAGGAGGAUGCGCUAGCUUGACGUCCGUGUUGAAUAUUUGUUGCAAUGAUUGCUGGUGUAACAUAUCAAGUCAGGGGAGUUGCUGCUCAGUUACGCUGCUUUGAAUUUUUUAACUGGACACACAACAUUCCGCCUCACCAUUGCCCUGAAACUAACACUGGAUUUACGUUGCGAGGGUCAAGUGACACAAGGGCAACCAAAAAAUUCACCCCACUAGCAUUGUACAUGAACGGUGGGAUGUUAUUAAACUCGAUUUAGAGCAGUGGUUCUUAACCUUCUUAAAGGUACCGAACCCAACCAAUUAAUAUGCACGUUCACCGAACCCUUCAAGAGUGAAAAAUAAAAAUGGGAUUUUUUUUUAAGUUCAAGACAUUAAAAAAACACAUUUAUUAAAAACAGAAAAAAAGUGAAUACAAUUUCAAGAGAUAAGUAUCUUUUUUUUUUUUUAUUCUACGACGUACGAUCACGACAGUCACACAUUGACGACUAAGCAAACUAAAUCUCUCACAGCAUUGAUUGGACAAGCAAUGUCGUGUGAUCAUCUGCAGCCAGUGAUGGCCAAGCGGGCGUGUCAUAACUAAUUGACAUGUUGAGUCGGGUGUGACUUAACCUCCGUGGCUCCGUCGAACCCCUGGGACCGAUUCACCGAACCCCUACUGUUCGAUCGAACCCAGGUUAAGAACCACUGACAGUAUUUGCAUAAAACUACACAGGCUAUUAGCAGCCGCGUUGCAAAAGAAGCAAAAAACACACUUGGACUUUUGACUGAACGAGGUGCGUUUAACACCAACAAAACAAGACACCUGGAACACAACUACUGUUCAAUGGCCAAGUUUUUGUGAGCAUACAAGAAAAGAUUAAUUUCAUUUCGGGAGAGAAGCAGCGUGCUGACAGGUGUUUGAAUGUGAUCGGUUUACUCUGAAUACAGCCACAUCCCUGUUAAUAUGAGGGUGUGCACCGCAGUACUUCAGUUGUUGUGUUUUUACUUUCCCUCUUGAAAUUAUUUUGUUUUUAAUGGUGGUGAACAUCUUGAAGCUGUUAUUAUUAUUUAUUUUUGUUGUUGUUAAUCACAAACCCCGGGCACUUGAAGAGGGGUGUGUAGACUUUUUCUACCCACUGUAGGCAUUUAAUCGGAAUUGAGCACUUGGCUCUACAGUGUAAAUUAAUUUUAAAGGGGUCAGCCAUCAAAGUCCAUAUUUUAUAAUCCCACUCCUCAUUUGUUUUGUGGUGUUUUAACAUGAUACUGAUGAAUGAUACUGUAACAAUACUCUGGCUUUCCAAUGUCAUGAAAUUGACCUCUAGUAGCUAAUUUUUAGGCAAUCAGAUCAAUUCUCAUCAUAAUGUGAAGGGAAAAAACCUCAAAGGUUUAUACCCUUACGUUUAUUUGACAAACUGCAGUUUUCCUCUCUUCUCACCGCCGCUCAUGUCGUUGAUCUUUGAUUUGUAUUUUACCCGGUGAGAGCAAACUUAUGUCCAGAGUUACUGAGCCAAUGUAAAGCACACUGGAAAUGUUUGAACGCUUUAACCUGUACUCCACGUAGGAAUUCCUCAGUGUCUUUUAGUUGUUGUUUUUUGUUUGUUUGUUUGUUUUAACCUCUUGAUCGCGUGUGUCUUAUAAAACCUGUUGGGAAAUAACUAAAAUGGAAGCUAUGACAUUGUAAUAUAUAACAUGAGUGAAGAAUUUAUUUCUAAUGACAUAAAGUUUAACUUUGGAAUGUA